AACAGAGUUAAGAGCUGUAACGUGAGGAGGUGAACUUCAGAUACGCCCUAGAAAAAAGUGUAAAUGACAGUGUUGGCCUCUUCUCCUACCAAUGCGCCGAAGCAAAACUACAAACUUCUCAUGCCGACGAUAAAACAUGGCAGCUGGAAGAACAAGAUCCUUCCGUCGUGUGGGGAGUCUCAUGAGGAGUAAAUCUGAGGGCACACUGAUUGAUCUGGAUGACAAUAUCCCAACUACCAACAACAUAAAUGGUGGAUAUGUGCCUCGAAUGACCCAGAACUCAGAGUGGCCACUCUUACAGCCUGAAGUCACACCAUCAUCUCCGUUAAAAAAUCCCUUUUGGAACAAACUUUCCAGCUCUAAUCCUUUCUUAGACGACAUUGUACACAGCAGCCCAGACAAACAGAAUGCCAACACUUCUAAUGUGAAACUACACACUGAAAAACAUGUGGACUCAAGUAAUGAUGAUGCCAUAAGUACAUCUUCAGAUGAAGGAAAUGUGGGGAAGUUUUUGGAGAACAAGCACAAAGCCAGCAAUCGUUCUGGGAGAUGGAGGAGCGCCUCAGAUAUUCUGGACGACUUGGAGAGAAAGCAGCCAAAGCGGGAGAACAGCUUCAAACCUCCUCGGCCGGUUCUGAACCCAGACUUUGAGUGGCUGAAGAAUGACAGAGAGGCCUAUAAGAUGGCCUGGCUGAGCCACAGGCAGUUAACCCGCUCAUGUUUGGACUUAAACCUGAUGAGCCAAAGUCCUGGGUGGGCUCAGACACAAGCCACUGCCUUUCAGGUCAUCUGUAAGAUCGACCACAGCGGAGGCUCGGUACAGUUACCAGACUCAGAAAUCAGCAUCCAUUUCCCAGAGGGCCAUGUACCUCCAGGGGAAAUCCAGGAAGUUACACUAAAAGCCAUGCUCGACCCUCCUCCUGGACUCAACAACAACUACACGACAACCAUCAGUCCACUCCUAGAAGUGGUCCUCAGCAACAUCAACACAAAGGAGUGUAUAUCUGUUGACAUGAAACUGUCUGCAGAGGUAAAGAGUGACCCCUCCAGUCAGCUGAUGACCAAUGUGGUUGGGUUAGUGUCCAACAAAAGAGAAGGACCUUAUCUCCCUGUAAAUGACUGUUAUCUAUACAAGAACAUGAUGCAGAUGAAACUACAGGAGCUAAAGACACAUUUUUAUGUUAUUGCCUCGGCAGAAGCUUCUGCAAUCCAGACACCUGCUACAUCAGUGUGGGAUUACCUUGACCGCCAAAUUACUGUGGCGGUUUACGGUCCCAGGUACAUCCAUCCAUCUUUCAAGGUUGUAAUAGUGGUCUGCUGUCAUGAUGACGUUCCCCCUAAGCUCCCAUUUUCUGACAUCUGCAGAGGCAACAAAAACCUGCCUCCACUUGUGCUGCAGCUGUGGGGAAAGCAUCAGAUAAAACCAGACAAAUUGAAUGACCUAAAUGUUGCAAUUAGCACCACAGGAUCAAUGUUCAAAAUCAAAUCCGAGGACAAAGUAAAAGAAGUCAGGCAAAGUCGGCUUAAAAUAGGCACAGUAUUGCAUCUGCCAGUGGCAUUAUCAUGUGCUGCAAAUUCAGAAAUGACCCCAUUUACUUUAGAUUUACAAGUACAGGAAUCAAACGCUGUAACAGUUGCAGAGUUUCAAGUCCAAUCACCACCAGCAGCACCAAUGCGGUCAGAAAAGCGAGUGUCGAGGCAAAUAGACAGACGAGCUGAAAUGGCGAGAAGAUCCCCAAUUCCUGAGGAAAGUGUCCCAGAUUUCCCCAGAUUUCAAGACAAACCAGUGAAUGUGCAGUGGUACGGUGUAGCGCUGAAGUCUGUUCUCCGUCAGCCACGUGUAGAGUACCUUUUAGAGUACUUCAAGGGGGACACAGUGGCCCUCCUCUCCAGAGAGAGUGUUAGAUCUGUGGGCAAUUCAAAGGUAAAGGAGUGGUAUAUUGGAUUCCUCCGAGGCAGGACUGGUUUGAUUCACUACAAAAACGUCAAGCUCAUAACCAGAGACCAGGUGAUUGAUUUCACUGGGAUUCAAAUCACCACCGAGGUCCUCUUGGACAACAUGACGCUCCCCUUUAGGAAGCUCACUUAUAUGUACUCUGCCAUCCAGACACUGGUAACUGAACACAUAACUAGCUGGAGAGGGUUUGCCAAUUCAUUAGGGUACCGUAACCUGUUGUUGGAUACCAUCACACGGAGGCACGCUGAAACCGAGGCUGACAAGGUGGCCAGUGUGCUGGAAAAACUGAAGGAAGACUGUCACGCUGAGAAGAGCAAGAAAAAAUUUCUGCAUGAGCUAAUGGUUGGUCUACUGAAGAUGGACUCUGUGAAUCUUGUGGCUCAGCUGAUUCAGACCACAGUCAUUUUAUCCACCGCUGUGGAACUUGGAGUUCGGUGGCGAGAACUCGCAGAGAAGAUCGGGAAACUCUCCAGUGCUCAAAUCGCAGGUUAUGAAGCUCCGCACCGAGGCAAAAAUGGUGAAGUGGGACCUCAGUCGAUGUGGAAGCCUGCCUAUGACUUCCUGUACUCCUGGAGCCUGAGGUAUGGAGACAGUUACAGAGACAUGAUCCAGGAUCUCCACCUGGUCUUGGACAAAAUGAAAAACCCAGUAACCAAACAGUGGAGGCACCUGACUGGUGCUCUCAUCACAGUGAACUGCCUCGAUAUCUUUCGUGCCUCUGCAUACCCCAAAACUUAAAAAUGCAGAGUACAAUGAAAGUUUUGUUACACAACAACUUUUUUGUGGAGAUGUUACCUUUGAGUUUUGUUUAGUCUUACAGCUCUGGAAGCAGGAGGAUUAUUUUAUGAAGACUUGCACUAUAUGUAUAAAUCUGACUUGAGUGACUAUGAAUGAAUGACAGUUCACUCAGCAAAUAUGAGAAAAAGUAACAACUUCUUUUUCUAUAUGUUUGUCCUCAGAGUAAAAUUUCAUUUUGGUAGAUCAUUUUCAUUUUUGGAAAUGCUUCCUGCAUGUGCAGAGUGAGCUUUACCAAUAGACAUCACUACCAAUGAGUUUGUACACAUUUAUCUUAAUGAGGUACGUUGCUAUGACUUCACUAUUUUCAAAGUAGAUUAGUCAUGAAGAUACAAUAUUGUACAAACCAGUAUAUAGAGGAUCUAGUAGAAGUAGGUAGCAGGUAUUCUUUAAUCCUUUUUAUCUUUGGAUCUAAUUUGGGAUAUUAUACAUAUAAAUUAUGUAGUGCAUAUUAGACUUUAUUAUUUUCAUACAUGAUAUACAUAAUUUUAGUAAGUUCAUAAAUUAUUUUAUUGUAUUUGUAUCAGUGGAAGUUGUAGGUUUUCUCUAGGAACAUGUUCUGAGCAUAGAAUAAUGCAUAGUAAGGUAACCUUUAAAUGUGAACACUUGCUGACUAACAGUCUGCUAAUUCUGUCAGUUCUAAUUAAUAUAUAUUUCAUCUCACUGAGAGUGAGAAUUCUACCUGUGUGAAAUUUCUGUUUUCACAUUGCCAGUAAACAAAUUGUAACUAUGUAUGUGUGUCAUAAACUAUUGUUGUCCUAAAUAUUACUGGAUUUGCUAUUUUUAUACUGUAUUUUAUAUGUCUAAAUCAGAUUAUUUCAUGGGAUAUAAAGAGUAACUGGUGCAUAUUAACUGUGUUUUUUUGAUGCCAAAUGGAAGCCUCAGUGUUCAGUGUGGUGCCAUGUACAGUACUGUCAUUUUAAAUGAUGAUGAAUGUAUUUCACACUGGAAUGAAGAUGUAAAUGUAUAUAAAUAAAUAUAAAGUAUCUUA